AUGGCCGACGUCGAAACUCCGACAAUGGACGAGUCGUUCCCUCCGUCCGAGACAGCGGAUGAUCAGUCCCAUGGAAUAACCGCCAGCGCGACGGUCGGCACACGACGCCAGGCGAAUGGCACGAUCGGUUCCGUAUACUCAGGCAAUAAGAUCCGGCAUCUGAAGAAAGAAGACGGCAUUCCGCUUUGGCGCAAAGACAUUCAAUACCAGUUCCUCAAGCUUGUCUUUGAAGAUAAGACACCUGCCUUCACGCGGUACCCUGACGGCGAGAAGAACCUCGACUUCGCCGACAUUUACAUCGAUGCCAUGGCGAGAAGCAGUAAGACAAGCAAAGUCCUCAAGGACAAGCUACAAAAUGACAAACCGGCUGCCAUCAGCAUGGCGAUGGUCUGUUUGUUGGUCAAUUUUGGCCGCAUGAACACCACCCUCAACUUCUUCCCCGAAAUGCGUGCUCAGUUACGGACCUACCACUCGAUCCCUUCCCUGCAAGCUCAUCAGGACACCAACGCCUACAAACAACUGCAGGAUGCUCCGCGCCUGAAGUCCAUCCUGAAAGGCGCCUCGGAAGAUGUCGAUCAACCGAACACUUUAGAAAAGAUCAAACGCCUAUCUAUACCCCGGACAAAUCCCGUGAACCUCAUCUUCGUUUUGGCACAGUAUGCACCUAAGGUGUCCGAGACACAUUUCUUCCCCCCACGUGACUUUUUCGAUUUGGUGAUGCGAUCCACGUUGAGCAGUAAAACUCGAGCCAAGGCGUUUUUGUGGCUGAUGUGGUGGUAUCUGGAGAGCGAUUUCAGCCGUGAGGCUGCUUUGAACAAUCCAUUUGGUCCCGGGCUGGAAGGGGAGGGAGCCGAGGGCUUGCCGUUAAAAGUGCCAUUAUUUGACAGCUUAACGGAAGAACAAGCCAAUGAGGAGAAUAUAGAUACACCAGAGGAGUUGGAAUAUGGAGAGACGAAGAGACUGGAGCGCAAACGCAUUCUUGAAGAAGACGAGCCUCUCCCCCGGGUUGUUGUAAAGCGCCCAAAGAAAGAGUUCGGUUUAGAUGAAGAAUCAUUUGCGGGAGACUACUCUGGUUUAGGUGGUCGCAAUUCCGCCAUGUCCACGCCUCUUCACCCGUCCGCUAAGCGGAGCUUGGAUGAUGACGACGAUGAAAUGACUCCUGGAUCUUCUCGGCCGCGCAGCAAGCAAGUAAAACGAGACUCGUCUCUCAACCGAACUGUGGGCCAACAACGCCUCAUUUUGAAGACCAAAAUGGACCAAACACCCAAUGCCUCCCCUGCUCCCUCAGGCUCUGGACUUAUGGACCGCUUCGUUCCGGAGCCUUUACUUACGCAGUCCAGCAGUCGUCGACCACGCCCUUUGACACAGCACCAGAUUGCCGUGGAACAGAAUCGUCGACAGCGAAUUGAGUACUUGCUUGCCAAGCGACGAACCAAUGCAUACCGCGUACUUAGCGCCAAGCGUACUAGCGAGAUCCCCUUUGGCCGAUAUGGUCGUCUGUUGCAGAGUUUACCAGAGGGGUAUGACACAGAGGAUGAAGAGGGGUCAUGGGGUAAGGGAGGAUUGCUUCCGAAUCCCCAGGGUGAGGAUGACUUUGGCGAAUGCGCAAACUAUUUCCUUUCUGUCGUCCGCAAGGCCACUCGACGUCUUGAUCGCUGGGAUUAUGAAGACGCUAACGGUCCGAAAAAGGAUCGUCAAAAGGAGCGUGAAGACCGACAGAAAACCAAGGCCGCUCUUGAGGCUGAUCUUCGGGCCGCGAGCAAUCGUUCUCGUCCCCGUCCUUCCCGUGGUGGUGCAGCCGCGAAGCGCAAAUCAACGGGUCCCACGUCUACCCCCGGAACCGCCAAGAAGUCGGCUUCACGCCCCAAGGGUGGUAGUAGCCGCCUUGCUGGCGAAUAUGCCGGGGGUGACGAAGAGGCGGACGGAGAAUUGGACGAUCUUGAUCGUGAGUUGUUGGGAGAGGGCUCUGGUGACGAUGAUGGUCCGCAACGCGCCGGCUCUCCGGUUGACGGAGAUUCUUCGGAUGACUCUGGGGACGACGAUGAUGUGGUUGAUGGCGAUGAAAUCUCAUCUGCUUACGAUGGCCCCAAUGGCUAUACAAGACACCACAGCUCGUCCCCCGUUCCCGGAGCCGGUGAACAACGAGAGGGUGGGGACGAUGCCAUGGAAGAUUAA